UCACUCCAGGAAAGACGGCACAAAGGCAGGCAGCAAAAUGAAGAACUUGCUGCUUUUAGGGAUUUUUUUCUCGGCAUUCCACAUCAGCCACUCAGUAACUCCAGAAUUUUGCAAACUCCCCUUUGAUGUAGGUCGUGGUGGAAAUUUCCAGUUCUCUGUGUAUUAUGAUGUUACCAGCGAUACAUGCAACCCGUUCUUUUACCAAGGCGAAGGAGGAAAUGCCAACCGUUUUGCAAGUGACAUAGAGUGCAUGAGAAACUGUUCUGACAGAGCAGAGGAAAUUUAUCCUAUGGAUGCAUCCAAAGCAUGUCACCUUAAACACGACAAGGGUGGAUGUAACGGCAACAUUUUGAAAUUUUACUAUGACCCAGUUUAUGACAAGUGUAAGAUAUUCAUUUGGACUGGGUGCUCCGGAAAUGGUAACAGAUUUCCUGACUAUCAAACCUGCAAUACCACGUGUGAUGGCAUCCAUGACGAUGGUGAUGAGCCAGAAGAAGUCGAGUCAGACACUCCUUAUGCAAUCAUCUUUGGAGUUUUGCUUGCUAUCAUUCUUACGGCUGUCCUCAUAACUGUCAUUGUCCUGACAGUUAAGUCAAAGAAAAAGAGCACAAAAAAGAAGGCCAAGGGCAAAAGUAAUGAACCCCAGCCUGACUCACCGCUUCAGGAGAGGGCGAUUGAAAUGACAUAAAAAAAUCAUCAUAUUGUAGAGUUUUUACCAGCAUGGCUUUGGGAACUACUAUAAUUUCUUUUUUUUUUUUUUUUUUUUUUAAGCAAAUUCAUCCACAAGUUUGAAUGUGGAUAACAUUUAGACAAGUUCAACUUUGACUUUCUUUUGUCCCUU